CACACUCACAAUGCAGAUGUUCACUUGUCCUGCUAGUUAUGCAUACAUUUGUUUGAAUGAUUGAGCAGAUGUCAUGUCGUGCUCAAAGGGUUGACGGUUCGGAUCAAGCCUGUCAUGUCAUCAUCCAGUGAUCAUGAUCAUCAUAAAGCUAGCAAGGAUAGCUGAUGAUGUUGACUGAAGCGAUUGUACGUUCGUUGGGAGCUGGUGCCUGAACUUGCUACAUGUGAUAGGGGCCUUGCAGUAUCUCGGAAGCCAUGGGGACUCCUAUCAAAGAUGUUGUCAUAUCGGACAAUGUCCCCAAGACCCUGCUCCUACAGAAACACAUUGAAUACAUUGCAGCUUAUGGGAACAAGAAGGAUGAAUAUGAAUAUUGCAUGACAGAAUACCUCCGCAUGAGUGGCAUCUACUGGGGCCUGACCGUUAUGGACCUAAUGAACAGCUUGGACAAAAUGGAUAAAGACGAAGUGAUCGAGUUUGUCAAGUCGUGCCAACAUGAUUGUGGGGGAAUCGGUGCUAGCAUUGGACACGAUCCUCAUCUGCUUUAUACUCUUAGUGCUAUCCAGAUUUUAAGCCUCUAUGAUGCCUUAGACAGUAUUAAUCAGGAUGAAGUGGUGAAAUAUAUCUCAGGCCUUCAGCAAGAGGAUGGUAGUUUUACAGGAGAUAAGUGGGGUGAGGUUGACACCAGAUUUUCAUUUUGUGCUGUUGCCAGCUUGGCCCUUUUGGGGAAACUUAGUGCAAUUAACGUCGAUUCCACUGUAGAUUUUAUAUUAUCUUGUAUGAACUUUGAUGGCGGCUUUGGGUGUCGACCAGGAAGCGAAUCACACUCAGGACAAAUUUACUGUUGCUUAGGAACGUUGGCUAUAUUAGACAGACUCCACCAUGUCAAGGCAGAUAUGCUGGGAUGGUGGCUUUGCGAGCGACAGCUGCCAUCUGGUGGACUCAAUGGUCGACCAGAAAAACUUCCAGACGUCUGUUAUUCGUGGUGGGUGCUGGCUUCGCUAAAGAUUAUAGGAAAGAUUCACUGGAUCGACAAGACAAAGUUGAUACGAUUUAUUCUAGCAUGCCAGGAUGAUGAGACAGGAGGAUUUGCUGAUAGACCUGGAGAUAUGGUUGACCCAUUUCACACGUUAUUUGGAAUCACUGGACUCUCCUUGCUUGGGAACAAUGAAGUAAAGCCUGUGAACUGUGUUUUCUGUAUGCCAGAGGAAGUAAUAAGAAAACGCGGCAUCCGCCUGAACUUAUUGUGAUUCAAAAUACAUGUGCAUUUUUUUUCAACGAACUUCCAUUGUGAGCCAUUGAAUGUGAACUUUAGGGAUGGGCUAUGUUCAUGUAGAUUCUGAUUGUGCUUUUCUUAUGGAAUCAUCAACUAUCAUGUUGGUCAUAAAUAAAUGCAGGGAUGCAGGGGUCCUUUCUCUAAUGCCAGACUCCUUGCAAGAAGGUAGUUUGUACCCUCUGCCUCACUAGGUGGCAGCUAACCAACCAGCCGCAUCAGAAAGAGCUACAUACAGGGCUCAAACCUUCAACCUUCCGUUCAACUAUUUCAUUAUAAUAGCAGUAAAAAUAAUGCCAGAGUAAACACUGACUGAAAUGUUUGGAAAUAUUAUUAGACCAAGUUGAUCGCCAUGAUGCUUUUGUUAGAAUCAUUUCUUGUAUUUCAUAUUGUGUAUAAUAUAUGAUGUAUGUUAUUCACAAGCAGGAUGAACAUUAAUUUAUGCACAAAAUUGUCUCAAUUGGAUAAUAAAGUCA